GGUGUGGGGUGUGAGGGGGACAUGGUGGUGAAGGCGGUUUGUGUGCUGAAGGACGAAAGCCAUUUCCAACGCCAGUUCCCUCCCGGCGCUGGAGACACAACUCCCGGUGUUGCUGGAGUCGUCCAGUUUGAAUGGCAGGAAAAUGAGCCAGUGUUAAUAAAAGGAAACAUUUCUGGAUUAGCUCCUGGAAAGCAUGGGCUUCAUGUUUGCACCUUUGGAAACCUUUUAAAUGGUCACUUCAGUUUAGGAUCACAUUUCAAUCCAUAUGAGAAAAAACACGGAGGACCAGAAGAUGAAGAAAGGCACGUAGGAGACCUGGGAAAUGUGAUAGCUAACAAAGAAGGUGUGGCAGAGUUUCAAAUACAAGAUCGACUUCUCCAACUUUCCGGAGUUUUGUCCAUUAUUGGACGUUCUCUGGUGAUUGAGGAAAAAGAAGAUGACUUGGGAAAAGCUGGAAAUGAAGAAAGCCUUCUAACAGGGAAUUCUGGAAAAGGUUUAGCCUGUGGAGUGAUUGGUAUAGCUGAUGUUGUUAUGAAUUUAACUUGAGACUGAUUAU